AUGUGUGCCACUGGGGUCAGUUGCACGCAAUUUCCUGCGGACUUCCCAAACACCACGGAACCCGUGCGCGAGAAAGGUUUGGGCAAACUAUCGGUAGGAGAACCGGUCAACGUUCGAGUUUACAGAGCUGUGGUGUGUUCUAUAUUAUUGUACGGGUCAGUAACCUGGCCGCUGUGCGCCGAGGACGUCAAAAGAUUUUCAGUGUUUGACCAUCGAUGUCUUCGGAGCAUUGCCCGAAUCUGGUGGGAACACCGGGUCAGCAAUUCUGAAGUACGUCGAAUGGUAUUCGGGAGAAAUAACUCACCCUCGAUAGAUGAAUUGAUCACACAGCAUCGGUUACGCUGA